AUGGAAAUAGUGGCCAAAACUGUGGCGUAAGUACGGCUUCAGAAAAUUCUUUAAAAGUUGCCUAAGUUUUUCAGUUUCAUAAAUGUCGACGCUAAUAAUAGAGGAUUUCGGAUCGAUGUGAAUCUUCCUCUUCUUUUGCGGAGUAUUCAGUUCAAAGACAGGUGACAUGAGAGUGAACCCACUAUCAAAAACGCGCAAAUUUCAGUACAACACCGCCAGAGAACUAUUAUGUGGCCGCCAUGUCAAACAAGUUGCACCUGAGUAGUUCCAGUCUUAUGGACUUGAGCAUUCUGUAAGAACCGACUCCCAUUUAUUCUCUAGAGCUAAUGAAAUUUCAGAACAACCAACUGUAAAAUCGCCAGUUCUUCACUUCCUUCGGCACCCAUCGUGAAAAAAAAAGAAGACGAGAAGAGCUCAACUUGA